CCGUGACCUAUGACCCGUCUCUGAGUCUUGUCAGUGUUGCUGUACGGCAUAUUUUGGAAAGAUCCCUUCCUGUAUCAAAACUAUCCUGAGUCUCUACUGCGCAAAUGUGGUGUCUGCCCUAGAUGGACGGAAUGAACACCGGGAUUCGCCAGAUGCCGUAUACAGAAUCAGCGAUCUAGCGAAUUUCAAAUCUGAACCAAUGAGAAGUGCGAUGACAUCUUGUUGUGGUGCGAGUACUGUCGGACGCCAGGGUUGGUCACCUAACUGCGCGGUCAUAGCUCUCUAUGUUUUCGUCUUCUGCAUAAUCCUUCCGAUCUGUUGUCGCAACUGUUACUUCUCAAUUUACUACAAUCAGGAACUGCACCUAGGUGGCGCUUCUCCGAGUGCUUAUGCUAGAAAGGUUAACAACGAACGUAUUGUGCAAGCGGAAGCGUUCUUCUCAUCACAAAAACGUGACUUACACUUGCCAAGAACAACCAAAGAUGUAGAAAUGGUCAUAGGAUUUGUUACAAUCAAGAGAAGGGGAGAAAUAAAAGAUGGAGGAGAGUACGAACCAAGAUACCUUCUCCAAACUGUAGCAGGACUUCUACAAGAAAAAUUACCAGAGACAACGCAUGUUAUCAUUUGCAACGUGGAAACAGACCCAUCUUUACAUACCGAUGCGGUCUUCUUGUCCGAAUUUUUGACUGUUGCAUCGAGAUAUUCGAAGCAUGGAGCUGCCAAGCCACCAGGACAUCUACAAGACAAAGAAAGAGAAGACUACCUCUUCUGUCUUAACCAAAGCUUAACUUAUAAUCCUAAGUAUGUUCUUCUUCUAGAAGAUGAUUCCCUCGUUGUACCAGGAGCAUUAGAUGUCUUAGAUUACGUUAUAGAUAAUAAGAUUGAGGAAGGACGGUUAAGUUUUGAACCAUCAAAAACUUUGGCAAAACUUUACAGUCCCUUGUCACUACAAAGAGAUUUUUAUUCAGAUAAGCAAAGUCGCAUUUUCAGGAACAUGUUGGAAUUACUUAGCAUAGGUUUACUUGGAGGUUCUCUACUAAGGAUACUGUACUUUCCGGUAUUUGUGGGAAUCAGAGAGAAUUCGAACCAACGACUAUUUGACAGGUACUUUGUGGCAAGUUUCGUCUGCUGUGUUUUGGCUGCGCUGGCUGUUUCAAGACCACAUUUGUUAGAGCUCAGAAGACUCUCAAAACAACUGUACAUGAUACUAAAAGCCAAUGACUGUUGCACCCAGGCGAUUCUGUAUCACAAAGAAAUUGCCGAGGCUAUCGUGUCACAGUUUGAGAAAGGCCUGGUGCCUGACUGGUAUCCCAUAGACGCAGGUUUGGAUCACCUAGCGGAGAAGCUUGGUAUUGCACAUGUGUGCGUCGAGCCGAAUCUGUUCACACAUAUCGGGAUGUACUCAGCUCUGCAUGAGGGAGAAAACGUCUAUCUUAAGGACUUUUCUUGA